AUGUUGGAAUCAUGCAAUGCUUUCUUCUUUUUACUGAUAUUGCGAUCCUUGUUUAACUUGUCUAUUUGUCUCUUUUUUAACUUUAAGAUUAGUGUUGAUGUGGCGUGGUCUCCUGCUGGAAUAGAUUCACGUUACUACGACUUUGUGGGACUAUCAGAAGCUUCUGACUAUUUCUUUGUUAUGGCAUACGACGAACAAAGCCAAAUACUAGGUGAAUGUAUUGCUUAUGCCAAUAGCGGAUUAUAUAGAACAAUGGAAGGCGUUAAUGAAUACUUAGAAAUUGGAAUACCGUCUGACAAGCUCAUUCUUGGAGUGCCCUGGUACGGCUACUAUUACCCAUGCUUGACAUUAACCAAGGAUGACAAAUGCUACUUAAAGAAGGUUCCAUUUCGUGGUGUUAAUUGCAGUGAUGCAGCGGGACGUGAAUUGAAUUACUACACUAUAUUACAGCUACUAAAAAACUCUACAAGUGGACGUAUAUUUGAAAAAUCUACAAUGACACCUUACUUUAAUUACAAGAAUAUUUCGUCAGGCGUUAUGCAUCAGAUACGUUAUGACGAUCCACAAAGUUUAGGAUAUAAAUAUACGUUUGCAAUAGAUGAACACUUGCGAGGUGUAGGGAUGUGGAACACGGAGUGUGUGAAUUACACAAGCGGAAAACAUGACGACAUCAUUGCUGUAAAAGAAAUGUGGGACGCCCUACCAGAUUACGAAAAAUAACACCAGCAGACAAUUACUGAAAUAAUCAUCAAUGAAUUUAAAUUUACAUUUUUUCAUUGUUAUUGACUGAAUAAAAUGUAUUGAUAAUUUGUUGAUAUAUGUUCGUAUGAAUGUUAAAUGAUAUUUAUUAUGAUAUUUGGUCUAAAUAUCACAAUCGGUAAUUGUACGGUUUGAAGCCUUAUGAAGUUAGCAAAUUAUCAAAGGAAAAGAAUUUAUUUUGUUAAACUACUUAACUUUUAAAAGAAAAUACAUAACACUGAAAUUUGGAUUUCAAUAAAUAGUACAUCAUUUUACAUAUGUAUGAGUACAAAGAUAUAGAAAUAAAAUGUUUACUUCGGAA